AUGCAGCAGCAAAUCUUCAAUCCAGCAGACUAUCCCAUCGUCAUGGCCAUUGACUUUGGCACCACUUUCUCAGGGUGUGCCUAUGCAUAUGCCCAAGAUGACCAGGAAAUCAUUGAUAUCACAUCAUGGCCACGACAGAUUAUUCAAUACCCAAAAACACCAACGAUAAAUCUCUACAAAAAGAAUGACCCCGAGCACAACUUGAUGGCAUGGGGAUGGAGGGCAAAGCUGGAGAUGCUCAAACCUACAGCAAAACACCAUACUCUUCUUCAGCAAUACAAACUUUACCUUGACGAAAACAUGCACCAUUCACCCUUAGACGUUGAUAUUACUGUUCUAGAUGCCAUCUCUGACUACUUGUCUGCAUUUCAUGAUUAUGUUGCGGGCGAAGUCAUGCGUGGGUUUGCAAAAAAUUUUCAACGAGAACAUAUUCGGUAUUGUUUGACAGUUCCGGCCAUGUGGUCAGACAAGGCCAAGAAUGUUAUGCGUCAAGCAGCCAUCAAGGCGAAAAUUAUUAAGGAAACGGACCACCCUGAUCGACUCAUGCUUAUUUCAGAACCAGAGGCCGCAGCCCUCUACUGCGAACGCAAAUGUGACCAGUUCAAUUUAGGCCAUGGGGAUCGUUUCAUGAUAUGCGACGCUGGCGGAGGAACUGUGGAUUUGAUUGUAUUUGAAAUCGCAGAGACCAAUGGUGGACGGCGGCUCUCAGAAGUCACCAAAGGUCAUGGUGCUUCAUGUGGUUCAGUCUUCUUGGAUAGAAACAUGCGACUUCUCUUGGAGCGUAAAUUCGGACACAGUGCCGCCAACUUCCCCGCGACCAUCAUCCCUAACCUAGUCGAUACAUUCGCAGAUGUAAUCAAGCCUCAGUUUGAUGGUCUCGAGGAACAGUUUCUUCAGCUGCCGGCGAAUAAGUGCUUUGACGAACUGGAGAACCCGGAAGCAAUCGGCAUCGACGACGGCUACAUGGUUUUGAGUGCACUCGAGCUGAAGGAACACGUCUUUGAGCCCGUAGUGAAGGACGUGCUUUCACUCAUUCAACAUCAGCUCAGCCAGGCCAAGCAUUGCUCUGCCAUUUUUCUGGUAGGAGGCUUCGGUUCCUCCAACUAUCUCUAUAGCCGCGUCAAAUCACAGUUUAAACACCAAGUGGAGCUUAUUUCCACCCCACCACGUGCAGAAAUGGCUGUUGUGCGAGGUGCUGUCACGGCAGGCCUGAAUCCUCGUGUUGUCACUGCACGCAUUGCACGUCGAUCUUAUGGUAUUUCCUCUGAUCAGCCCUUUGAAAAGGGAAAGGAUCCGAUCGCCAAGCGUAAGUUCGAGGUGAAUGGUGUAUGGUGCAUUGAUCGGUUCACACCUUUUGUCCGUAAGGGACAGAAGCUUAAUGUGGAUGAGUGCAUAUCGCGUGAGUUCUCCUUUACCAAAUUCACAAAUGACAUUCAGGAGGAAUACAAUAUUGCACUCUAUGCAUGCGAUGCUGACGGCGAACCUCCACGAUACACUACUGAUGUGGGUGUAACAAAGUUGGCAGAUAUUCCAAUCCCAUCACCCCAUGCACCCUCGGCCCCACUGGGAUCAAUGGUAACCUUGAUUAAGUUAAUGAAUUUUUAUUUCAUUUUAUUUUGUUCAUUGAAUGAUAAACCAAAUGGCUAA